AUGUCAAGAACAAGAGUCUUUUUCUGGGUUGCACUGGCAACUGCGGUCGGCACUGUAGCACAUGCUCUGCCACCUACACACGUCAUUCAUGAAAAACGUGAUUGGAUGUUCCCCGAAUGGAAGUCAGUCGGUCGAUCUAAAUCAGACUCGCUGUUGCAGGUCCGAGUUGGACUGAAACAGAACAACCUGCACCGGGCGGGUGAGUAUUUACUGGACGUGUCCCAUCCUCAAUCUUCAAACUACGGAAAGCAUUGGUCAGCAGAUCAGGUCAUUGAUGCCUUCGCACCCUCGGACAACACCAUCAUACUCGCGAGGUCGUGGCUAAAUGAGUCCGGGAUCAGCGACGUGCGUAUCUCUUUGACUGAUAAUAAAGGGUGGCUAGCCUUUGUUGCUACAGCCAAAGAGCUGGAAGAAUUGUUACACACUCAAUAUCAUCAGUAUCAAAACUCACAGACCGGUCAAUUUGUCACUGCUUGUGAAAAGUACCAUCUCCCGCACAGCAUCCAGGAGCAUAUUGACUAUAUAGAACCGGGUAUCAGACUCCCAGCGUCUGGGCAGCAGCAGACGUUGUUUCGUAAACGAGACAAUAUCCUGAUUCACGGUGCUUCAGGGCCCAUGCAUCUUCCUGACCCAGAUGGCCCGUUCGCGCUCCAAUCGCUAGGCUGUGAAAAAUUAAUUACGCCGGACUGCAUCAGAGCUAUGUACAAGGUUCCGCUUGCCACUAAGGCUCAUCCUCAAAAUUCUUUGGGAAUAUUCCAGGAAGAUAACUAUUUCCAUGCUGAAGAUCUAGAUUCCUUUUUUGAGAAUCAAACGACCAAUAUUCCUCAAGGUACUCGUCCUCUGGUGGCCACGAUUGACAACACGGGUGAAGAUGGAGGAUCAUCAUCAAAAUUCGGCCUCGAAUCAGCUUUAGACCUUCAAGUUGCGUAUCCCAUUGUAUACCCGCAGACGAUCACAGUUUAUCAGUCAUAUAAUCACCUGGAUGCUCAAAAUUCAUCUCGUGGUUUUCUCGACGCUUUCUUAAAUGCAAUUGAUGGGUCAAAUUGCAAUUACUGUGCUUCCAAACAAUGUGAUGAUUCCAAAAUGGCUGAUCCUGAAUCUCUUUUUGAGCUUGACGACAAGGUAUCCUGUGGCAUCUACAAGCCAGCCAACGUCAUUUCCAUAUCAUAUGGAGGCCCCGAGCAGAAUUUUCCGGCUCCAUAUCAGAGACGACAGUGCAAUGAGUACAUGAAACUCGGUCUGCAAGGGGUGUCAGUCCUCUUUGCCUCCGGUGACAACGGAGUCGCAGGCCACGACGGCUGCCUAGGCCCGAGAAAAGACAUAUUCAGUCCGACGUUCCCAGCCAACUGUCCAUAUAUAACAUCUGUCGGGGGUACCAAGGUACUACCGGAACAUACAUCCUAUGAGCCUGAGAUUGCACUACACAAUAGUGAUGGAAAGAGCAUUCUAUCAUCAGGUGGUGGCUUUAGCAAUGUAUUCCCAGCCCCUACUUACCAGGAAGCGGCUGUCUCUAGAUACUUCAGCAACUCCAAUCCAGGAUAUCCUUUUUACGAGGGAAACUGGACAUCUGGAGGCAGCUCUGGUCUGUACAAUCGUCUUGGUCGGGGCUACCCCGAUGUAGCUGCAGUUGCCGAUAACAUAGCGCUUUGGUAUGAAGCCAAGUUCGGCCAUACAGGCGGAACAAGUGCGAGCACACCGAUAUUUGCGGCUAUAAUUAAUCGUAUUGUGGAUGAGCGAUUAGCAAUUGGGAAGGGCCCCAUUGGGUUCCUAAAUCCGGUGCUAUAUGACAAUGAAUGGGUUCUUAAUGAUAUAGUGAUAGGGUCAAAUCCAGGAUGUGGAACCCAGGGAUUCACAGCAGCUGUAGGGUGGGAUCCUGUGACGGGAUUGGGUACACCAAAUUACGAAAAGAUGUUACAUCUUUUUCUCAGCCUCCCAUGA